GGCGGGCGGCGCGGCAUGGACGCCGAGUUCCCUGCCUUGGAGCCCCCGCUCUGCGGCGAGCUCAAGCACCUGUGCAAGCGGCUGCAGGAGGCGUACCACGAGCUGACGGAGGACCUCACGCCGCUCCGCGAUGACCGCUGCUACUACAGGCUGGCCCCCAUGCGGCUCUACACGCUCUCCAAGCGCCACUUUGUCCUCGUGUUCGUCGUCUUCUUCGUCUGCUUCGGCCUGACCGUCUUAGUCGGGAUCAAAGGGCCCAAAGUGAUCCAGACUUCUGAAGCUUACGUUUCACAAAAUAAUAGCAAACAGGCAUUCGAAGUGCAUUCCAAUCCACUGUCCGCCUACAACCAGCAGCUGUGGCUGACGUGUGUCGUGGAGUUGAAUCAGUCACGAGAGACGUCUGUUCAGACCAACUUUUCCAUGACUGUCAAAGUGGAUGGGGUGGCUGAAGACGGAACCACCAAGUUCAUUCACAACAAAGCUCACAACCGGACACGGACCCUCACGUGUACCGGGAAGUGCGCAGAGAUUAUCGUGGCUCACCUUGGCUACCUGAAUUACACGAAGUAUACAGCGAUUGUGGGAUUCGAGCACCUCAAGGUGCCCAUCAAGAAAGUGAACUUCACGUGGAAGACUUACAACCCAGCAUUUUCCCGGUUAGAGAUUUGGUUCCGGUUCUUCUUCAUGGUGCUUACCUGCAUUGUCACUUGCCUCUUCCUGCACUUCCUGCGCAAGUUCUCCAUGAGGGACUGGGGCAUCGAGCACAAGUGGAUGUCCAUUCUGUUGCCUCUGCUGCUAUUGUACAACGACCCGUUCUUCCCCCUGUCGUUCCUGGUGGACAGCUGGGUCCUGGGCACGCUGGACGACCUCCUCCAGUCCGUGUUCCUUUGCGCCCUGCUGCUCUUCUGGCUGUGCGCGUACCACGGGAUCCGGGUGCAGGGAGAAAGGAAGUGUUUGACUUUCUACUUGCCUAAGUUCUUCAUUGUUGGACUGCUGUGGUUGGCUUCUGUCACACUAGGAAUAUGGCAGACAGUUAAUGAAUUGCAUGAUCCGAUGUACCAGUACCGAGUGGACACGGGGAAUUUUCAGGGACUGAAGGUUUUCUUCGAGGUGGUGGCAGCUGUGUACAUUUUGUAUCUUUUCUUCCUGAUCGUGCGAGCCUGCUCUGAGCUUCGCCACAUGCCUUAUGUAGAUCUCAGGUUAAAGUUUUUGACUGCAUUGACUUUUGUAGUGCUCGUCAUUAGCAUCGUCAUCCUCUAUUUAAGGUUUGGAGCACAAGCAUUGCAAGACAAUUUUGUAGCUGAAUUGUCAACUCACUACCAGAAUUCAGCUGAAUUCCUGUCUUUCUAUGGCUUGCUGAACUUUUACCUCUACACGUUGGCCUUUGUGUACUCACCAUCAAAGACCGCUCUGUAUGAGUCCCAGCUGAAGGACAACCCCGCCUUCUCCAUGCUCAAUGACUCCGAUGACGACGUCAUCUAUGGGAGCGACUAUGAAGAAAUGCCCCUGCAGAACGGCCAGGCCCUCCGGGCCCAGUACAAGGAGGGGUCUGACAGUGACUGAGCUCCCGGCGGGCGGCGGGUCUUCAGGGGCCUGCCCUGCAGUGGCCGCCCUGGCCCUCCGGACCUGCCUGCUUUCACACUUGUCUUACAGGCAGAGAUUUCCUGGUCCUUGUUUGUUUACAUAACUUUGAAAGGGAAACCAAGACGGAGGACAGACUUCAACGCUGGGCCAGAUUCACUGUUAGAGUGGUUUUGUUUAUUUUGGAAGAGAGGUGCUGAUAAACGGCCAAGUUCUUUUUCAAAGAUUUCAGAUGAGAGAUAGCUUGUUUUCAGUGGUAGGGAGGCAGUUGCUCUUGUUUUUAGUACGGAGAAUUACGUAUUUAUUAAAAAACAAUUUACUGACUCCCAGUCCAUGGAAAGUCCUUCUGAAUAAGGCCCACAGCCCUGUAGCAUUCCUUUCCUCCCCUGCCCCGUGGCUCUGGUUUUGCCCCUAUGAACCCCCAGGGAAGCCGGUCUGUGCGGCUCCCUCCUGAGGGCGAGCCCUCCCCGCUGUGUGGCCUGCGCUCCGGGCCGCCAGGCAUCGUGGGCGACCGGCAACUCCUGUGACGUGAAACACAGA